GUGCACCCUAUAGGCGAACUAGGCAAUCGCCUAGGGCGCCAAAGUUUAGGGGCGCCUAAAAAUUGAUAAGUUUUUUUAUAUGCUAACAAAAAACAACGCUUUUGCUCAUUGAGCAAUAUGUACGUACAUUUUACCGAACGCAAUCUAAAUCAUAACAAAUAUGGCGGCGUCUUUACAAUCAAAGUGAUUUUCAUAACAACUUUCAAUAAUAUGGCUGAGAGAAAGAAGCCUUCAGGAGCUCAAUAUCGUAAACGAAAAGUUGAACAGCAGAGGGAACAAGAAAAACAGAAGGGUUCAUUGCUAAAGUUUACAUGCCGACAAGACUCUACUAAAGAGGAUAGUAAUGGUGGACAGAUUCCCACUGAUAUGGAAGCUGAAGAAAUAUCUAAUGUUGUUGAUAAUGAUAAUGUGAUGAUGAGUGAAACACUUUCUUACUCAACAGUUCCCGUUUCCCAUGCAGAUAAUGGCCAAUUGAAUAAUUCUCUCGAGGAACAUGUACAGCAAGCAAGUGAAGAAAAAACGGAUAAUGUUAUUCCACAGGAUCCAGCACUUUGGCCUUUACUAAUUAAUCAUAAUACACGUGCAAUCAUUGUAGAACGUGGACCUCAGCAAAUAAAAGAUAUCAGUUUCCCAAAUGAUAAGAACAAUCGAAAGUUUUCAGUAAUUCACUACUUAAGAAAACUUCCUAAUGGAGAAGAAUUAUGUCGCAGCUGGCUCUUGUAUUCAGUAUUAAAAGACUCAGUGUUUUGUUUCUGUUGCAAACUGUUCAGUAUGAAAGCAAUUGGCAUAUCAUCACUUACUCAUACAGCUUCAAGUGACUGGAAAAGCAUGGCGGCAAUUCUUUCUUCCCACGAGAAAAGUCCUGAACAUUUGCAGAACUAUCAAAAGUGGAAAGAACUACAUCAGCGAUUACAGAGGGAUAGUACAAUAGAUGCAGAAAUUUUGCGCAAGAUGAAGAAUGAAGAAAAGUAUUGGCAGCAAAUAUUAAAGCGUUUAAUAGCAUUAGUGAGAGUUUUGGGUGAACAGAAUCUAGCUUUUCGCGGUACAAAUGAAACAUUGUACAGUGCCAAUAACGGGAAUUUUUUAAAAUUUGUGCAAUACUUAGCCAUUUUUGAUCCAUUAAUGAACGAACAUCUACGAAAGAUAUCAAAUAAAGAGCUUCAUACACACUAUCUUGGCAAAGAUAUACAAAAUGAACUUAUUCAACUGUUAGGAAAUGCUAUUAAGAAAGAAAUCAUACAAACAGCAAAAGCAAUGAAAUAUUUUUCAAUAGUUCUCGAUGGUACUCCUGACUGUAGCCAUGUUGAGCAAAUGACAAUAAUUAUUCGUUUUGUUAAAGUUGAUUCAUUGAAAAAGGAGUUUAGUAUCAAAGAACAUUUUUUAGGCUUUGUACCUUUAAAGAAAACAACUGGAGCCUAUAUGGCAGUAACGAUAAUACAACAACUAGAAGAAAUGGAGUUACCUAUUGAUAAUUUACGUGGCCAAGGCUACGAUAAUGGCGCAAAUAUGAUAGGCAAAAAUAAUGGUGUUCAAAAGAAAAUAUUAAACAUUAAUCCUCAAGCAUUGUUUGUUCCUUGCAGCGCGCAUACUCUUAAUUUGGUUGUCAAUGAUGCUGCAAAUUGUUGUCUAAUGGCUACAAGUUUUUUUGAUAUUGUCCAACGUGUGUAUGUAUAUUUUUCGUCUUCAACACAUUGGUGGGUAGUUUUCACUAGUCAUCAACCUACGUUAACUGUUAAACCUCUAAGUGAAACAAGAUGGGAAAGCAGAAUAGAUGCUAUAAAGCCUUUGCGAUAUGAACUUGGUAAAAUGUAUGAUGCACUGCUAGAAAUAGCUGAUGAUACUUCUCUAACUGGAUCCUCAGGAAGCACUGCAUGCAGUGAUGCUAAAGCACUUGCGAAUAGUGUUGCAAAGUUUAAGUUCGUGGUUUCAAUUGUUGUAUGGUACAACAUACUUUUUGAAAUCAAUAUAACAAGUAAGCAGCUCUAA